AUGCGCCUGAUUUCGGACCAAACUGCUGAUCGAUUUCCAGAGAAGAAGGAACCGUGGCAACCUCAUUCUGCUGUCCCAUUGCUAUUGAAUCGAUCACGCAAAAGACAUAUCAGUCGUAACCUGCAACAUCCAUGGACGAUUGGGCGUUGUGACAAUGAAACUUGUUGGAGCAAAAGGCUGAGUGACGCCUUCGGACAUAUCAUAUUCCACAAUGAGGUCAAUUCGGGAGGUAAAUGCCAAACUUCAGCCGAUCCUACGCUGAAGAAUUCUACGAAAAAUAGUCCGUUUCAGGAUUCCUCCUCAACUGAACCUGAGUUCACAUUUGGCGCCUUCCAUGCAUUCGAUGAUUACAAUCUGAUCAACACGCUCCGUGGUUUCAAUGAUGAUGCACAAAUCAAGGCGACAUUUGGGUUGAUAAUCACAGAGAACGAGGUUACGGCGUUUCAGAAUGUUGCGGAGGGCUUUUACGCACACACGAAAGCAAAAUACUUACCGGAGUAUUGGAUCCCACUACAAUGGGCGCAACGCCUUGUGCUCAACUCUCUCAGUGCUGGUUACAUCCAAGACCUCAGAAAGGCAAACGAGCUUCUGAAGGAUUUGAUGGAUCUUCGUGGCAAAAUGCAGUUUCUGCAGCUGUUCAGCAGUAUCAUCAUUCCUCUAGGCUAUUCACAAGUUGUUACAAUCGCAGUGUAUAGUUAUUUCUUAUGCCAAGUAUUCGCCGAUCAGAUCACAAGUUCUGACAACAAGCAUGUCGGUUCCAGAGAUCUCUACGUCCCUUUGGUCGGCAUUUGUUCCGUCUUGUUCCUCAUGGGAUGGUACAAAGU